AUGGGCUUGGAAGAAGAUGCACCGGUCAGGAUCGAAGAUGUGCAUGCCAUUUCGAGCUUCAACAAGAUUGCCAGCAAUCAGAUAGCAGUACCAGGUGUGCCUCCGCGCCUCCACCCUAUAACCGAGCGACUUGACCUCGAGCUCGAUUACGACAACAAAUCCCUCGGGCGUGACUACCCGACCUUCUCCCAUCACUUUGAACCCCUUGUACGAUCUAUCGAAGCAACCGAUCCCAAAUAUGACUUGAGACAAACGGACAUUGUCACCAACGCAAGUAACCUCCGAAAAAUGUUCAUGAUCUUCCACAAUCAACAACGGAAUUAUGAGCGCUAUGAUCUCACCUGGAGAAAUGACACGCUCUUUCUAUCCAAGUGGACAUCGGACCCAUAUCUGAACUCCAGUCUGGGUCACGGCACCGGCUUCGAGCAAGCAACGUGCAUCUACGACGAUCAAGAAGACGACCUGCUCAAGAGUAGCGCAAGUCACCAUCGGGUGAUACAGUAUCGCUUCGGUGGACUGCAGUUUGUCGUCCAGUCGGAGAUAGACGCAUAUCACUGUGACUGCCACCGACCAAGCAACUUUGAUCCCACCCUACCCGAAACCUUGUCAGCAUUGACUGUCGACCAAGUAUCCCAAUACCAACGACGCAGCAGUGCCGUCUCUGCCGGCUCCUCUAAACCGAGCACCCACCUCUCUGUAUUUUCUUCUUCUUCCCUCGACGCCUGCCACCGCGAUUCACAUACAACAGGAGAAACACCCCCUUCGUCGCCAACCGCUUCCCCAUGCCGUCCUCUUUUCCUGGACAAAACCCCAGGACACCUCACCUCCCCUUCCAAUCCGUCCGCGACCCUCCGCGUCCUCCAUCUCGGCCGCGACAUCCCCUCUCACUGCCUCGUCGAAGUCAAGACCCACAAAGUCCGCAACAAACCGCUCUUCAACGCCGAAGCCCAACUCUAUUUCUCGCAAAUCCAUAAACUGUACAUCGCCAAGAACGACAAUGGAAGGUUUUUCCCCAGCGGUAGCGGAUACAACAAUAGUGUAGUGGAAGAAGACAAGAUGGAAGAUAUACGGCUGUGGGCAGACACAGAGCAAAACCAGAGGACGCUGAAAAAGGUGGUGGCGCUGUUGAAGAAGAUAAGGGAGUUGGCGAGGCAGUUGGAGAAGGAAAAGGGGGUGAGGACAACUACGUUACUGAUGAAGUGUGAUGGGAUGGGAAUGAUGGAAAGUGGAAGGGAGGGAGGGGGCGGGAGAGUGAAGGUUACGUUGUAUGAGAGGAGGGAUUCGAUGGAGGAGGAAGGCACAGAGUCGGUAAUCAGCAGAGAGAUGUUGCGCACAGUUCUGAUGUGGGUGUCGCUACCGGUACUCUCUUCUUGGAUAAGGUCAGGAAUGAGUAUUCUGUCGGGAAGAGGAAAGGGAUAUGGUAGCUGCACGUGGCGACACAGAAUAGUAACAGGAUGCAGCGUACACGACAAAAAGUAUAACAAGCUGUGA